AUGUUUAGUCAGUCAUCAAGACUAAAUAUAAAUAAGACAAACCAUACUGGGCAGAAAGGUUACAUUUGUAAGGAAUGUGGCAAAGCCUUUAAGUGGCACUCAACACUAAUUCAACAUCAACAAAUGCAUACUGGAGAGAAACCUUACAAAUGUAAAGAAUGUGGUAAAACCUUUAAGUAUGGCUCAUCACUAAAUGGACAUAAGGGAAUCCAUACUGGGGAGAAGCUCUACUAAUGUAAAGACCGUGGCAAGGUCUUUAACAACCGCUCAAGACUUACUCAACAUCAUAGAAUUCAUACUAAAGACAAACAUUACAAAUGUGAAUAAUGUGGCAAGGUCUUUAAGAGCCACUCAAUCCUUACUCAACAUCAUAGAAUUCAUACUGGAGAGAAAACUUACCAAUGUGAAGAAUGUGGCAAGGCAUUCAUCCAGCAUUCAACCCUAACAAAACAUCACAGAAUUCAUACUAGAGAGAAACCUUGCAAAUGUGAAGAAUGUGUCAAGGCCUUUAACCAGCAGUCAUAUCUUACUCAACAUCAUAGGAUUCAUGGCGGAGAGAAACCUUACCAAUGUAAUGAAUGUGGCAAGGCCUUUACCUGGCACUCAAUUCUUACUCAACAUCACAGAAUUCAUACUAGAGAGAAACCUUACAAAUAUAAGGACUGUUGCAAGGACUUUAAGAAGUAAUCACACCUUAUUCAACCUAACAGAAUUCACACUCGAGAGAAGGUUUACCAAUGUAAAGAAUGUGACAAGAUCUGUAAUCACUGUUCAUCCUUUAUUCAUUAUCACAGAUUCUGUACUGGAGCAAACCUUACAAAGUUAAAGAAAGUGAGAAAACUUUUAAGAACCAUUCAUCCCUUACUUCACAUUGGAAGAUUUAUACUGGAGAAUAACCAUAGAAUUCUAAAGAAUGUAGCAAGGCCUUUAAGCAAUGCUAAACUCUGA